AUGGGUGGUCCACAAGCUAAAACUUAUAUGGGUUGGUGGGGUCAUUUAGGCUCUCCAAAACAAAAACACAUUACCAGCUAUGCUGUUUCUCCAUUUGCUCAGAAACCAUUCGCCGGUGCUGCCAACGCUGCUAUAUUCAAUGUUUUCAGAAGAGUUAAAUCCCAAGCUUUGUAUAUUUUGAUCCCAGCCAGCAUUUACUGGGUUUGGUGGACUAACGGUGAGCAAUAUAACAAUUAUUUGUACACCAAGGCUGGUAGAGAAGAAUUAGAAAGAGUUAAUGUCUGA